UAUAUCGUUGAUUUGAGAUCAAACGUAAAAAAUUAAUAAAUGCGUCAUGGGGUUAUUGCGUGGAAUUCAAAUCCCUUAUCCGUUGUUAUAUAAAGGAUUGAAAGCCACAUCUACAACCCAUCAAAAUCUCCUACCAAUAUCUUCAAACUCUCAUCAAACCCUUUUCCAUUCUCAAUCCCUAAUGGGUAUGGUAUUUGGAAAAAUUGGUGUUGAGACACCAAAAUAUGAGGUAAUCAAAACAACACAAGAUUAUGAAAUCAGAAAAUAUGCACCUUCUGUAGCUGCUGAAGUCACAUAUGAUCCAUCAGAAUUCAAAGGCAACAAAGAUGGUGGAUUUAUGGUUUUAGCAAAUUAUAUUGGAGCUUUAGGGAACCCUCAAAACACAAAACCUGAAAAGAUUGCUAUGACAGCACCAGUUAUCACAAAGGAAACAACUUUAUCAGAGAAGAUUCCGAUGACGGCACCGGUUGUUACAAAGAGUGGUGGUGAUGAGACAAAUAAGAAGGUCACUAUGCAGUUUAUUUUGCCAUCUAACUAUGGAAAAGGUGAAGAGGCACCUAAGCCUAUUGAUGAGAGGGUUGUGAUAAGAGAAGAAGGUGAGAGGGUUUAUGGAGUGGUGAAGUUUGGAGGUGUGGCUAGUGAUGAUGUUGUGAAGGAGAAGGUGGAGAAGUUGAGUUUGAGUUUGGAGAAAGAUGGUUUUAAGGUUGUUGGGGAUUUUUUGUUGGCUAGGUAUAAUCCACCUUGGACUAUACCAGUUUUCAGGACUAAUGAGGUUAUGAUUCCUGUUGAAUGAAUAUGAUAGAUGUUACAAAGGUUUCUGUACUUUCUGUUAUUCUGUUGUUACUUCUUCAUGUUGUUAAUGUUUAUAACUUGAGAAUAUGUUGUAGUGAUGAAGACUGUUGUUUUAUUCAAUUUACACAAUAAAAUGGCAAAUAAAUGUUCUAUAU